AUGUUGACUCAUAUUAGCAGAAGAUAUUUCAGCUUUACAGGCAGAAAGACCAUAUUUGUUGCUGCAGGUUCUCCUUCCCACGAUUUAUAGGCAGCAAACUUUAUGAGGGAUUUGAAGAAGAAGAGCAAUAAUAAUUAUGAUUUUGUUGGUAUUGGAGGUCCUUUGAUGUAAGCAGAAGGUCUUAACUAAAGUUAUGCAGAUAUUAAUAAAUUCAUAGAUAAGCCAUUCUUUCCUUUGAAAAACUUUAUUCGUUUCCACGUUGCCAGAUGUUAUCAUCCCUACAUGGCUCCUCUUCACUUCUUUAAUAAGUAAGUUCUCAAUUAGGUUGAUAAGAGCAGUCUUUUGAAGGAUUAAGUUGAACUUAGCAUUCCUUCUGCUAUUAUAACUUUCGGUAACGAAUUCUUUAUGAAAAAGUUAUACGUUCGUCUUUGCGAUCAAUACGAAUUGCACAAUAAAAUUAGACCUCCCACUUUCUUCUAUGAUAGAAGUCAUAUCAACUAAAGAUUUGAAUUCCAAGAUUAUUUGGAUCACUUCUUUUACACUAUUCCUAUGAAAUAAAUUAACUUUUAAAGUUUUACUUACCCCUCAACUUGUGUUGGUCACGAAGGUGUUGGCAGAGCCAUUUAAUACCUUUUCUAAAACUCUAAGUAAUACGCUAACGUUAAGUCUCUUGUCACUGCUAACGGCUUGAAAAUUGCAAGCAAUCCUAAGCAACACAGAGAAAUUAUUGAAAAGCUUGUUGAAGAAUAGCGCGGUAUCUAACGUGCUCGUUUGGGAAUCAACGAAAGCAAAAACGUCUUCUUACUUGCUCCAGGUAACACUAAGGCUGAAAUUAACUUCGCAGUUAACCUUCUUUCUCGCUCCUUAGAAGAAUUCUUCAAGAAACCCUAAUUAACUAACGUUUCUCGUGAUCAUUUCACAAUUAUCAUCACUGCUGACAACGCUUAAAACGCUGAAUUCGUCAACUAAGCUGUCUCAAACACUAAGUACUUGAAGACUUUACAAACUAUUGUUACUACUGGAGAAAAGGAAAAAUUCGGUGCUAUGUGUGCUGCUGAUGUUGGUAUUCCUCUCAAUGGUGAACUUGUUAGUGAAUGCGCUGCUUUACAAUUACCCUCUGUUAUUAUUUCUAAUAUGAACCUUUUCUAUGCUUAUAUUACUUAAUUAUAUAAUAAUUUCUACUCUGAUAUCAACUUUGCUAUUCAAGGUGAAGCCUACCAUGAGCUUGUUUCUACUGCUGCUAAUCCUUACAAGCUCUCAGACGAAAUUUUCGAUUUAUAUUCUGACCCUAAAUUGAGAUAUCAUUUCGCUGAACGUUACUAGAAUGUUGUUCAUGAAAUGAUUCCUCAAGCCAACUCAUAAGAUAAUAUUGUUACUACUGAUGUAGCUACUCUCCACGGAGUUGAAGUCUAAGAACGUGCCUUUACAUACGAAACUAUCGCAGCAAAGGUCUUGAAGGCUGCUCGUGCUUAUGAAAGCUUAGAUAAAAAUAUUCCCAAUCACCAAAUUGAUUAACACAGAAAGGAAAAGCUUAUUAAAGCAGCUUUUUGA